AUGAGGCUAUGUGUUGACUACAGACAGUUGAACAAGGUCACAGUGCGAAAUAAGUAUCCUUUGCCUCGCAUUGAUGAUUUGUUCGACCAGUUAAAGGGUGCCAAGGUAUUCUCUAAGAUUGAUCUGAGAUCUGGAUAUCAUCAGUUACGGAUUAGAGAAGAGGAUGUGCCUAAGACAACUUUUCGAACGAGAUAUGGGCACUAUGAGUUCUUGGUGAUGCCAUUUGGGUUGACGAAUGCGCCAGCUGCGUUUAUGGAUCUCAUGAACAGGAAGGCACACAUGAAACAUUUGGAAAUUGUGCUGAAGACUUUGAGGAGGAGGCAGUUGUCUCCCAAAUUCAGUCAAUGCCAGUUCUGGUUAGAUAAAGUUAGUUUCUUGGGGCAUGUAAUCUCUGCAGAGGGUAUUUGUGUUGAUCCCCAGAAGAUUGAGGCAGUAGUGAACUGGCCACGACCAACCAGUGUUACGGAGUUUGAAUGGUCAGAUGAGUGUGAGGAGAGCUUCAAUGAACUCAAGACCAGGUUGACCACCACUCCGGUUUUAGCACUUCCGGAUGAUAGCGGGAACUUCGUUAUCUGCAGUGAUGCAUCCCAACAGGGACUUGGUUGUGUACUAAUGCAGCAUGGUAGGGUGAUCACUUAUGCUUCUAGGCAACUUAAGAAGCAUGAGUUGAAUUACCCUGUUCAUGAUUUGGAGUUAGCUGCAGUGGUUUUUGCCAUGAAGAUUUGGCGACACUAUCUUUAUGGAGAAACUUGCCGGAUUUUUACAGAUCACAAAAAUUAUGAUUGUACUAUUGAGCAUCAUCCGGGAAGAGCUAAUGUUGUAGCUGAUGCACUUAGCAGAAAAUCCUCAGGAUCUAUAGCUUAUUUCAGAGGGAGAUAUGUGCCAAUUAUGGUGGAGAUGAGGAAGCUCAGAGUUGAACUAAGUGUGGAUGAUCAGGGAGCAUUGUUAGCUACUCUCCAUGUGAGACCAGUACUAGUGGAGUGA